AUGGUGAAGGUGUUGGACCUCUUCCCAAGAUUCAGACUGACCAAAAGGAAUAGGAGCUGCACCUAUGAGGGAAACACCUACAACAGCUCCUUCGAGUGGCAGAGCCCAGCCAAGCCCUGUGUCCUGCACCAGUGCCAGGGGGGAGAAAGGGAUGGCUUCCAUGCUCUGGAGGGCUGCUGUGGAGUGCAGGUGCUGUCUGCUGACCAAAGAGGACACUGCUGGGUGACUGGGGUGCAGCUGGUUGGGUGUGCAGUACCAAGAGGGAGACGAGUUUCGACCAGAAGGGAGCAAGUGUACCAAGUGUUCCUGCCACGUCAGAGGAAAGUGUUUGACCUUCCUUUGGGGAGCUGCCUCUUUUGCAGUCAUGUGUAUGAUGCUGGGUCUUCCUUUCUCCAUGACAACUGCACAACGUGUACCUGCAAGGACUCCACUGUGGUGUGUAAGAAGAAGUGCUCCCACCCUGGCAGCUGUGACAGGGACAGUGAGGCCUGUUGUGAGCAGUGCCUCCUGCGAGUGCCCCCAGAAGACAUCAGUGUGUGCAAGUUUGGCAACAAGAUUUUCCGGGAGGGUGAGGUGUGGUCCUCAGCCAACUGCACCAUCUGUGCCUGUGUGACCGGCAGGACGGAGUGUCGCAGGAAGCAGUGUGUGUCCAUCAGCAGCUGCCCGCAGGGUAAAAUCCUCAACAGAAAAGGAUGCUGCCCGAUUUGCACUGAAAAGCCUGGCAUCUGCACGGUGUUCGGAGACCCUCACUACAACACUUUUGACGGCCGGACCUUUAACUUUCAGGGCACGUGUCAGUACGUGUUGACCAGAGACUGCGCCUCCCCCACCUCGCCCUUCCAGGUGCUGGUGAAGAAUGAUGCCCGGAGGACACGCUCCUUCUCCUGGACCAAGUCGGUGCAGCUGGUCCUGGGCUCCAGCACCGUCAGCCUGGAGCAGCACCUGCAAGGAGAAGAGCAGCUGGCUAAAGUGGCCAUGGCCAUGCUGCUGGUGUCCAAGGAUGGAGCUGUGGUACAGCUGGGGACCAAAUAUUCAUGA